GUUUGUCAAAGCUGAGAAUCGCUAAGCGAGUGAGCGGUGGUUAAGCGCCGCGCGCUAGGCGACGGCCGAGUGCGGACUUGCGGAGUGCGGACGGAAUACGGAUGUCGGAUAAUAACGGAUGUGCGAUCACUGCGAUCAUUGCGAUCUGCGGCGCGGCCGGCCAACCGCGAGGCGCGAGCACUGCGAGCAGUCGAGCACCGAGCACGAGCAGCAGCAGCGAGCGGCGAGAGCGAGAAGCGAAAAGUGGUAAUAGUGGGUAUAUUGGAGAGUCUGGUCUCUCUGGUCUCGCUCGCCGUCGUCGGCCAUAGUGAAAAUGGCGGGUAUUAGCUUACGUGAAUGACGACGACCGUUCGCCUACCGAGAGCUUAUAGUCGCACAGUCGCGGAGGGAUUUCGAGUGUACGGUGUGUGCUUUGCCGCGGUACGGCUAUAUCAGCGGGGUAACUGUGUGUCAUAUGAUUUAUCUGGGGGGUAAAGAUGCAGAAUGUAGCACAAGGAACGACCUCGGAUAGCCAGAAAAGCCUCGAGAAGCCAGCCUUGCAGCCAGCAGCAGCAGCGGUAUUACCACCACCACCACCAUCAGCGAACGUUCACCACGAUACUGGAAAAACGUCGUCGACUCCCCAGUCUUCGAAUUCGAGUCCCACGAAAUCGGAGACUGAGACCUUUUCCGAGCUGCAGCCGCGAUUUAUGACAGAUUCGUCAGAGAGCGAGGAGGACAGCGUUUCCGAGGUGGAGUGCUUUGCGAUCGAUCAAGUUGAAUUGGACGAGGAUCAUCCCGAGUCGUCGAAAUUCUUACUGACACCUGAAGAUCCCGAACGUUCGGUGGAUCCUGAGACUCAAGCGCGUCUCGAAGCACUUCUCGAAGCGGCCGGCAUUGGGAAACUAUCAUCGGGUGAUGGAAAGCACUUGCCUGACCACGAGGUUCUCCGUCGCUUAACAUCGAGUGUUUCUUGUGCAUUGGAUGAAGCUGCAGCAGCAUUAACACGUAUGCGCAGUGACAAUCCGCGUACACCGAACGAAAAGCGUUCUCUCAUCGAGGCGUGCACCGACGGAGACGUCGGUACCGUUCGGAAAUUAUUAACGGAGGGCCGAAGUGUUCACGAGACCACCGAGGAGGGAGAAAGUCUACUCUCUCUGGCUUGCUCAGCUGGUUACUACGAACUUGCUCAGGUACUUUUGGCGAUGAGUGCUAAUGUAGAAGAUCGUGGCAUCAAGGGGGACUGCACCCCUUUGAUGGAAGCUGCUAGUGCAGGGCAUGUAGAUAUUGUAUCUUUGCUGAUUGCCCAUGGGGCUGAUGUUAAUGCGCAGUCUACGUCAGGUAACACACCUCUUAUGUAUGGAUGCGCCGGUGGACACGAAGAGGUUGUACGUGUCCUACUAAAUUCGGGGGCCAAUGUCGAGGAUCACAAUGAGAAUGGUCAUACACCUCUCAUGGAAGCGGCAAGCGCUGGACAUGUUCAAGUCGCCAAGAUAUUGCUUGAACACGGAGCUGGCAUCAAUACUCAUUCCAAUGAAUUUAAAGAGUCCGCGUUAACGUUGGCCUGCUACAAGGGACACUUAGAAAUGGUCCGUUUCUUGCUAGAAGCUGGUGCCGAUCAGGAGCAUAAAACCGACGAGAUGCAUACUGCCCUUAUGGAGGCAUCAAUGGACGGUCAUGUAGAAGUUGCUCGUUUACUCUUAGAUUCAGGCGCCCAAGUAAAUAUGCCGACGGAUAGUUUUGAAUCGCCAUUAACAUUAGCUGCCUGCGGAGGUCACGUAGACCUAGCUAUGCUUCUGAUCGAACGUGGAGCAAAUAUCGAGGAAGUUAACGACGAGGGUUAUACUCCGUUGAUGGAAGCAGCGCGCGAAGGUCACGAAGAGAUGGUCGCUUUACUUUUGAGCCAAGGUGCAAACAUCAAUGCUCAAACUGAGGAAACUCAGGAAACGGCGCUUACUUUGGCCUGUUGCGGUGGUUUUUUGGAAGUUGCCGAUUUUUUAAUCAAGGCGGGAGCGGAUAUUGAGCUGGGCGCAUCCACUCCUCUAAUGGAGGCUGCGCAGGAAGGGCACUUAGAUCUUGUUCGAUAUUUACUGGAAUCUGCGGCAGAUGUUCACGCUCAGACGCAGACAGGAGAUACAGCAUUGACAUACGCAUGCGAGAAUGGUCACACUGACGUUGCUGAUCUUCUAUUGCAAUUUGGCGCUGAUCUAGAGCAUGAAUCAGAAGGAGGUAGAACUCCAUUGAUGAAAGCUUGUAGAGCAGGCCAUUUGUGCACAGUUCAAUUCCUCAUCUCGAAGCGUGCUGAUGUCAAUCGACAAACGACAAAUAAUGAUCACACGCCACUUUCCUUGGCGUGUGCUGGUGGUCAUCUUGCAGUGGUUGAGUUACUCCUUGCACAAUCUGCGAAUCCUUUUCAUAAACUAAAAGAUAACUCUACUAUGCUGAUAGAAGCGGCAAAAGGGGGUCACACUCCUGUUGUUCAACUAUUAUUGGAUUAUCCUCAUAGUAUUAUGAUGAGUGCUCCUCAUAGUGCUGCACCUGCGCCCAUGCUAUUACCGCAACAACAACAACAACAACAACAACAACAACAACAACAACAACAACAACAACAACAACUGCAACAGCAGCAGCAGCAGCAGCAGCAACCACAACAACAGCAACAACCACAACAUAUAAGUCAUCAACAACACGUACCUCACUCUCAACAAACAUCUACACAACCGCAGCAGCAGCAGCAGCAACAACAACAACAACAACAACAAGCCGCCGAGCAACAACAAGCGCAAAAUCUUCAACCCAAACAUAAUACGCAAAAGUCAUUGUUAAGAAAAAAUCGAUCAGUGACUAUGAUGCCCGAUAUGAGCCUUACUUCUGCCGAAGCGCAACAAGUUCGUUCACAGCCCGCAGGAGAAUCAACCACUACUAUUAAGGACGAUACCAAUAUUCUUGAUAAAGGCAGUGGGGGUUUUACAAGUUUGUCAGAACCUAAUAUUAGUCUUAGUCCGACGCCAGCAGCGUCAACGCAAGUGAUACAUGUCAGCGAAAGUCGGAAAGCUGUAACUAGACAAGAGCAAAUCCUUCACAAGCAACAAAUACUUGAAGAACUGCAAAGGGUAGAACGAGAACUACAAAUUAAAGGUGCAGGACAUUUGUUUUCUGGUCCACGGAAUUCAAUUAUUAAUCAAUCUCAACAGCAACAACAAGAUCCUAGCGAGACGGACGCAUUAUUACCGGGAAUGUUGAAUAUUGACUUGCCAGCUCAGUCGACAUCUCCUCAUGGUUUAGUUUGCAAUACAACCGGUAUGUCUGGUGGUUCAGUGACGUAUCCAGGGCUGCACACUAACGACGCAGCGUUGGUAUGCAGCGCUUAUCUUGAUGGUAAAAUAAUGGGGAUGCAAGCUGCACAGUUCCAGAAAACGCUUUCCGUGGUUCCAACCGCGACGGAAACGUUCCCCACAAAUACAUUUCCUUCCUCACCUCCCUUGUCUCUCGCGCCAUUACCUGUUACAACUACUACCACCGUAUCACUCAUUAGUGCUACUUCAACAACUACGCCGAGUCCGCCGAGCAUUUCUACGCCUCCAACCGUUAUAGCCGUUUCUCAAUCGCCUAUUACUGCAAGCAGCGACGUCAGCCAAAAUACUGCUAUAAGUGAUCGUCCGAAAGCUAAACCCGUAUCAAAAAAGGAAGGGAAAAAUGUACGAAAAGCUACGUCUAGUAUGGGGAUGGCAAAAUUACAACAAACACAAGCAACCAUAAUGGCUGGACUUCAUCAACAAUAUCAACAGAAACAACGUCAGCAUCCUUCUUAUCAAGUGCAACAGGUUCAGCAGCUACAGCAACUAAAUCAACAACUGCAACUCCAAUUGGAUCAAGUGCAGGUGGAACAACAAUCGCAGCAGCCACAAUCGCAACCGCCGCAGCAACAAUCUCACCAACAAACGCAUUCACAGCAAACCAAUAUAGUUGCUAAUAGCACUGGUAGCAUACUUAUGCCCACUCAAUUGAUGUCACACUUACAUCCUACGCAUCAUCAUUUGCACAAUCAGCAAACGGCACAAGAAAAUCUUCCUGAGCAAACGGAUCCUGAGUUGACGCGAAAAUACAGAGAAAGCGCGUGCGCGUUUUUUACUGGCGCUCAGAAAUCUAAAACUUUCUCCCCUAACGAGAGAGUAUUGAAAUUAGAGGAUGGCACGGAUAUUCCUAUCGAUGAUGCGUUUGAAAUUUUUCGUUCCAUCAGUUUCGACGAUCCAGUUGAUACAACAGAAGAUCAAGAGAAGCUUGAGUUAAAAAGAUUGGAUGUAUCGAAUAACAAGGAACAGCAACAACAGCAACAUUUGCAUACUACACAAAUAGUUCAGCAAAGCGGAAGUCCUCACGCAUCCCAAGAAUAUUUCACUCCUGUGUUGUCAGUACCUUCGGUUUCUUUACCGGCCUUACCGUCACUACAAGUGACCAGCGCUGGUGUUCAAAUAGAGGCAGACAUAUCAGCGGGUUUACAACUAACAAGCACGCAAUCCUUGCAAAAUCCGACGCUGAAGAAUCGUCUGAGGGCUUUCGAAGAAGGCUUCCGCCAAGGUAGCAUACAUUUUCGCGAAUGUAUGCAACAUAUUAGCAGCGAUACUUUUCAACCUCAAUUGUUGCUUCAGUCCUCUCAAAUAACAUUUCCUACACAAACAUUACCAGCUGUGAGUGGCGCACCAGGGAUAAUAGAUAGUAUACCUCCACAUCAAUCGAGUAAUUAUGUGCAAUCCACAACUUGCAGCACUAAUCAAGUUCAAGUUGCUACCCAGACUCAAGCACCCGCUACUACAACAACCGCGAACGUUGCUACCUCCGACAAGAAACAAGUGUAUACCGCACCAACAACCGGCAAGGGCAAGAAGGCCAGAUACCCUCUCCUGUCUCAGCAACAGUCUUGCCAGCAACAACAAACUGCCAAUGCUCAACAAACUCCUAAUUUUCCUGCGCAAAACUAUCAGCUAGAUCCAGCGACAGGUAUCCCAACGGUCGGUGGAUACGCGUCUAACCAAGUUCCACCCGCUCCGUUUUCGUGUAUAGAUGUCGAUUCAGAAACUGACAGCAAUCACGAUACUGCGCUGACUUUGGCUUGUGCGGGAGGGCAUGAAGAUCUUGUAGAACUUCUUCUGAGUCGCGGUGCAGAUAUAGAACAUAGAGACAAGAAGGGAUUUACGCCGCUUAUUUUGGCCGCAACAGCUGGUCAUCAAAAAGUAGUCGAAAUUCUACUUAAUCAUGGAGCUGACAUAGAAGCACAAUCUGAACGUACCAAGGAUACACCACUGUCUCUCGCAUGCAGCGGAGGUAGAUACGAAGUAGUUGAGCUUCUACUCAACCGCGGCGCAAACAAAGAACAUCGCAACGUUUCUGAUUAUACCCCCUUGAGUUUGGCUGCAUCCGGUGGUUAUGUGAACAUAAUAAAGCUUCUACUGAGCCAUGGUGCCGAAAUUAAUUCACGAACUGGUUCGAAAUUAGGCAUAUCUCCGCUAAUGUUAGCAGCUAUGAAUGGUCAUACCGCGGCAGUUAAAUUACUAUUGGAUAUGGGGAGUGAUAUUAACGCGCAAAUUGAGACGAACCGUAACACAGCAUUGACGCUCGCAUGCUUCCAAGGAAGACACGAGGUUGUUAGUCUUCUUCUCGACCGAAAAGCCAAUGUUGAACAUCGAGCUAAAACGGGUUUAACGCCAUUAAUGGAGGCCGCUAGUGGUGGAUACGUCGAAGUCGGGCGUGUGUUACUUACUAAAGGUGCAGAUGUUAAUGCUACGCCUGUACCGUCAUCUCGUGAUACUGCCCUCACAAUUGCUGCUGAUAAAGGACACUGCCGUUUCGUAGAACUCUUAUUAUCGAGGGGAACCCAAGUUGAGGUAAAAAAUAAAAAAGGGAACAGUCCACUAUGGUUAGCUGCAAAUGGAGGGCAUCUUAAUGUUGUGGAUUUGCUGUUUCAUGCAGGUGCCGAUAUUGAUUCACAAGAUAAUCGUAAGGUUUCCUGCCUAAUGGCCGCAUUCCGAAAAGGUCAUAUUAAAGUGGUCAAAUGGAUGGUGAAUCAUGUAACGCAAUUCCCAAGCGAUCAAGAAAUGACGAGAUACAUAGCUACAGUUAGCGAUAAGGAACUUUUGGAAAAAUGUCAUGAAUGCGUGAAAGUUAUAAGAGCUGCCAAAGAGACGCAGGCCGCUAAAGCAAAUAAGAAUGCAAGUAUAUUGUUGGAAGAACUCGACAUGGAAAAAAAUAGAGAGGAGUCGAAGAAAGCGGCUGCUGCGCGUAGACGAGAGAGAAAGAAAAAGAAGAAGCUCGAGAAGAAGGAGGAGAAACGUAAACUUCAUGAAGAGUACAAGAAGAACGAGACAGCUUUUGAGGAUAAGGAAGAAAGUGGAAAGAAAUCAGACGAAGAAUGUGAUCGAGCGGAUGACAGCGAGCAUGAGGGCGGCGACGAGAGAAUGGAGAGCGUGCCGUCUCCUGUAAACAGAAGCCCGGAAGAUCCUGAUAGAGAAGAGGGUGACAGUGGAAUAGAUGCAAAUAGUCAAGGAAGCUGUAGUAGCAAUGAUGUAAAAGCGAGAGAGAAAAAGAAAGAAAAGAAAAAAAAGAAGAAUAAUAGUCCUAAUAACAACGAUAAGGAUACGUCCCCACAGCGUUCGUCCAAGACCCUUCUUUCACAAAACACCAAUUUAUCUCAAAAUAUAGCGACGUCGACAAAAUCCCAGAAUAACACUUUGGAAAAGCGAAUUAUAAAUAACGUUACCAGCGCAAUGUCUGUAUCUACAACUUCGGUCACAACCACUAGAACAUCCACCACCAUCAGUUCCGAUCGAAAGCUGAAAGGACAAUUGGUUUUUGAGUCCUCCAGGCAUCCCGCUGAUAGAGAAGAUUUUGAAGCAACUGGUAACGAGACUUAUAUUCCUGGCAAAGGAAAAAAGUCUUAUAAUAAUCAGUACGAUGGAGAUGCUCUAAAUACAUCGACGAAGGCGAACAACACUAGCCCUAAGCAAAGUGGAAAACGCGAAGAAGGAUGGAAAGAAGUUGUACGAAAGGGACAAUCGGAUGAUUCAGGCAGAUUUAUGAAUUCACCGUUCCGUUCUAAGAAAGUAUCCGUUCCCCCAAAUGCUAUCAGCCGAGUGAUAGGUAGAGGUGGCAGUAAUAUAAAUGCUAUUCGUGUUGCAACGGGUGCGCACAUUGAAGUAGAAAAGCAAAGUAAAUGCCAAGUGGAAAGGAUCAUUACGAUUAAAGGCUCAUCUGAAGCAACAAAACAAGCUCAUACAUUGAUAUCAGUACUUAUUAAGGAUCCAGAUGUAGAUAUAUUGCAGAUGCUUCCGAAAUCAAAACUCAAUGUCGUAACAACCUCUUCGUGGGACAAAUCUGUCUCCACUGUUGCUGCAAGUAAAACGAAAAUUGGUGGUUCUGUUAAUAAAUCAUCUAAUCUGGCAUCCAGUACAAUCAGUAACCAAAUUAAUAAAUCAGGAUAUCCUUCAGGUGUGUCUACUACUAAUCCCUUGGUUCCUAUUCGCUCAUCAAGCAUGAAGCUUGCUGGUGCUUUUCCUACUUCUUUGCCACGUGCGACAGCGCCUAGACUCAUGGCCGCAGCGGAGAAACGUGCGCAAGGCGUAGUUCAAAUGGCGUCCUCGUCAAACACCAAGACGACGAUGUCGUAUACGAGUGCGAUUAUGACCGCUGGUAGAGCGGGGACAAAGAUUGUCACCACCAGCACGACGCAGACAUUCGCGGCGAAGCUAUCCGAGAUCACUGCCUCGACUCAUAGUUCCACUACCGUCAUGCAGUCCAGUCACACCGCACCGGUAAACAAGCAACAGAAGCCCAUGGCCCACGCCACGACCGUAACUAUUAUGUCGGCCACGUCUGCGGCAACCGCUCACACAACCAGCCAGCAACAACAGUCCAUAGUCAGUACAUCGCCGAAACACUGCCGAUCACUGCCCACCUUGUCCGCCCCGUCGGCAAUAGCAUCUCACUAUUCCGGGAAGUCGAGUUACCCCCCAGGAACGAUUGCGAUUUCGUCGUCAUCAGCCACAAACGCCGUGGUGACGACGAACUGUCCGGAAAAUUCGAUCGUCUCGACGUCAGCCAGUUCCGUUCGAGUGACACCUUCGCCACCGAUUGUAGCGUUGCAAACGCAGACAUUGCCACCACCACUACCAACGGCACAACAACAGCAGCAACAGCAACAAUCGAUGCAGCAACAGCAAUCGCAACAAAAUAUUCGCAGCACUACGCCGAUUGUGGCUCAGGAGCAUCAGCAGCAGCAACAGCAGCAACAACAGCAACAGCAGCAACCUAGCAGCACGCCUCUAGAGUAUUCUCUGUUUAACGAUACUUUUACUAAAGUCACGCAACAGUCAAUGUGGGGAGGAAGAGAAAACGAAACUCAAAAAGGCAUGAAUUUUGCGACUGUUGCGGGUGGUGGUGUAUCGUCAAACACGAACUCCGGCCCAUCUGCCGCUAAGUUUGAUAGUUCCCCACCGCAGGUAGACGCGUCCAAAGCUCCGGGGUACCGUGGUACAGCAAUGUGUUCCCCGGUAUCCAGCAAGCCGGGUAACACAAGCAAUACAUCGACCAACGUGAUUGGCAGCGUGGUAUCAUGUUCCGUGCACAACAAUCCUAUGCAGCCCGCGCAGUUUCAGUCUUCGACGAGUUACAGCGAGCAUCCACUACCGAACAAGCCGCCCGGUAGUCUAGCGGUGGCUAGACCAGUAAUACCCCAACAGAACAUUGAUAUGGGAACGGGCAUGGCGGCACAGUUCAAUAGGCCAGCGGUUUUUCAGGGUGAUCUGACAACACGGAACGCGACGACCCAUCAACCGGCAGCACACGUGAUACCAUCUACAUCACAGCCGACACUGGACGUCAGUCUGUUCAAGGCAGCGAACAGCAGCAGCGGCAAUUACGAGCAUCCGAACGUCAACUCCAGCCUGUUGAAAAUGAUGCCGAACGAUAGUCAGAGUAGCGCCGGUCAUUCUCUGCUACCGUUUCAUCCUCACAUGCAGAGUUUCGCUCAGACUAUCGCGCCAUCCGCCUCCGUGAUCAACACCACCGUUAGUAUGUCAAGAUUGAAUCCGCGCGCCCCUGACUUCUCCAGUUCGCUUCACCUGAGCAAUAAGCCACAAGUGACGAUGUUCAAUGCUGCCGCCGGAUCGGCAGGAUUACACCCGGCCAACAUACUGAAGAUCGAAGAUCGCAAAGUACCACGACCGAUCGGUACUGAAAGAGCAACGUGGAAGAAUUACUCGGCAGCGGGCAUGGGUCCGGGCGGGGACGCCGAUUCCAUCAGUUGGAUGCUCAAUGAGAAACUAGCAUGGUCGAAUUGCAACCUGGCGCCUGGUAUCGACAGGCACCAGAUGUUUCGAUCGAAUCCCACUUAUAACCAACGUAUAUCCACCGUCGAACCUGAGCUUCAUCAAAUGAUGGAAUCUUCCUUCCAGGGCCAUGUGAAUACACAACAGCCUUUCCCGGCUAACGGAAAUACGACAUUGUCACUCAUGCCAGCAUUGACGUUAAUGCCGGGACAAUAUGACAUGGCAGAACUCCCGCAAGGCGAACAGAAUAAGAUAGAUCCACCUGCGUGGGGAAUGCCCGAUGCCGUACAAGACAAGCAACAUCCGGCAUGGACUAAAUGGACCCACUAAAAAACACAAAAACUGAUUGUGCUAACACAGCUUCAACCUCUAAAUCUUUUCAUAUUUUGGAUCUGAUAAUGAGAAACGAAGAGAUAGUAAUAGCGAUAGUCUGAAUUGGAUCAAUUAUUUGUAGGCACAUGAAUUAUAUUACAAUCUUAUUAUAUUCAUUCAAACCCAGAUUCUCUCUUAAUAUUGCUUGUCACACUAGAGGAUAAAUCCUUAAUUAUUCAAUUUAUUGCUAAUAUAUUUCUCGAGUUAAUUACAGACGCAAUUAUAAGCAAUAUCAACAAGAGCGAAAGAAAAGGGAAAGAGAGUCCGUGCUGGUUAAGGAAAACAACAGUAAGAUAAUAACAGCGUAAUUAAUUAUAAUUACCUCGGAUCUGUGUUAUGCUUUUCUUAGCCGUACGAAUAUGUUCCGUUAUCAAUCGUUGAUCAGCAGAAACAUUGCUAUCCCCUAACAAUUGAAUGUUAAUAAUGAUGAUUUAUUUUCUAUUGUCGAAAAGAAUCUGAGUUUGCGAUAUUCGGAAACGAUUCGGAGUUGCAAUAUUUUGAAACAUAUUUGCCAAAUCCAAAACGAUGGUCUAAAUACAUAUAACAAUACGUACACGUAAAAUUUACAUUUUGCAUCGCCACUUUAGCCUCUGUAGUAGCGUUAACUGACGUUUAAAAUUUUGCUAGAUACAUAAAUCCACAUUAUUAUGAGACAGACUCGUAAUAGCGAAGCGUAUUCGCCAAAUUACAAUGAUUCAGGUAUAUAUAUAUAUGUAUAUUUUUUUUUCCAUAACAUGUUUUAAAUCGCUACUUCAGUCUGUACAAUGCACCGAUAAUGGAACAUUUAACACAGAUCGUAUCACAGAUGGAUACGAAUUAUUAUAUCCAAGACAAAGCUCUUGCUUCGAAUUACGAUUGAUUUAAAAUUUCGUUUGCUUGCGUUGAGGACAGCUGUGCUUCUAGCACCACCAUAUCGAACGAUAGGUGACGAAAAUUACGUGUUACUAUUUAGAGCGCUGUAAAGAAACGCUGUAAUCUUACGGACAUGUUACAAUCGUGUAAAUAAUUGCUUGCAAAACGAGAGAUUCCGAUUACUUCCAUGUUGCAAAUUGAGAGUGAAGAAUUGAGACUGAGGGAGACAGUCCGAAUGAAAGAUACGAAGAAAGUCUUGGAAACCAUAUUGGCUUCAUCGAACCUGGGUACAUAUUACUCUUCUUCCACUUUUGCACUUACGCUUGAAUUCAUUAUUGUAACUCUGUCAAGUUUGACCGUUGCUUCUAAACUGUGCCCCAGAACAGAUAGGUAGUAAUUAGGGAAAAACAAAGAGCGUUCCUUAGCACUGUAGACUCGCGAUCGUCGAUUACGUCUUAAUCGCCUUUAAAGAGCACUUUCACUUUAUUUCUACCUAGACGAACGUCCAUAUAGUUUUUCAUCGACAAGUGUACGUUAGUGUUACAUCAUUUACUUGAUCGAAGAUACGAAAACGAUGAGCGACAUAGUUCCAACCGAUUACUUAAAAGAUGAUUAAAUAAAGGAGGUUUUCAUUGGCCACACAGCCGUUCCGGUAUAAUACAUUUACAUCUUUGCAUUUGUUUCGUAGAUGAAGUUCUUUAUCGAAUAAUGAGCAUCGCGUACUGUUUCAAGCAGAUUCAUCGAAUACAGAUUAUCACGAUUGUAGCGAAUUUUUAUCGAGCUCACACACAGCACGCAGAACGUGAGAAAAUUCUAUACGUACCCCAUACACCACGCGUAAACGUCGCGACCAGGUUCUCGGGAAAAUCGAAUUUAUGUAAACGUUACAAGAGAUGUGUCACGAAUCGAAUACGCAAUGUACUAAUAAUAUAUUAUAUAUACCGAAUCCUAUUCAGAUCAAUGAAUACAGUUCAUUGUAAAAGUGGUAGUGGGCCGCCAACGCAUGAGGAUAUAGCCGUGCGUCCCUAGUGCGACAGUGCUAUUAUAAUAUUAUUAUUGCUGUGGUGGUGUAAUAAUGUUUAUUAUUAUAUUAUGGUUAUUAUUACACGCAAAACAUAACUAUAGGAAAGAAAGAGAAAAAAAAAAGAAAAAAAAACAGAUACAUAGAGAAGGGGAGACAGAUGUCACCCUGCUAUCUCGGCUGGACUUAGUAAUGAUAUAAUAUUAUAUAGAGAUAAACAAACACACACACUCGGAUAUAUGAAAUGUUCAUUUCGAUUGAACAUUUGAAAAUCUUUCUUGGUGGGGAUUUCGGCAAGUGUUCAAUACAUAGCGACGAUAUACUAUAAUUGAAACGGUCCCCACACGCGUAAGUUGAGACGAUUAUGAUGAUGAGAGAAAGAGAUAAUGAUGAAGGUAAUGAUGAAGAUGAUAAUGAUAAUGAUAA